AUGUACUCGGAGAAGCAGGAGAAGGGCUCGCUGAGGUCCGUGGCAUUCGCUGCUGUGGUUUUCAGCACCGUAGCCAUUGCCACGUGUCUGAUCACGUUCCCAUUGGUCUUCCAUUACGUUCAGACUCUUCAGGCAUCUAUUCAGGUAAGAUGCGGUGGAGAAUUGAGAUUUUUUCAAGAUUUGGUGGCAUUCUUUGAGAUUUUUCUUUGCUGUUCUUGAUCAUAGGCAAUCACAAGGUCUUGAAAUUGAAGAUGAGCUGUAAAAUUCAGCCUUGGGUCUUCCUAAAUCCUCGACUUUUAUCAUUCUUUAGGGAGAAGUUGAAUACUGCCGUUCCCGUUCCCGCGACCUCUGGAACGAGAUGCUGGAAGUUGGCUUCGAGCCCGAAGAAGACUCCUCCGCCGCUCCCGCCGCCUUCCUCCUGAAGCGUGUGGCUCGGCAAGCCGCGGACGACGUUUGCUGCACCUGUCAGCAAGGCCCGCCCGGCCCAGAUGGUCCACCCGGACCACCAGGAAAAGACGGUUCUCCAGGUGAAGGACCGGGAGAACCAGGUCCUCCAGGGCCUGAUGCUGAACUUCACGAUCGAUUGUUGCCAAUUCCACCGCAAUGCCCUUGUCAAGCGCCGACUGGACAGCCCGGGCCACCUGGCCCACCAGGAAACGAUGGACAGCCAGGGGCACCUGGAAGAAGUGAGCUUGUUUGGUUCUUUAGGGAGUUUGGAGCAUUUUUAUGGGAUUUAUGGGCUAAAAAACUGUUUUUCAGACGGCGAGGACGGCAAAGAAGGCCCCGCCGGCCCUCCAGGACCUCAAGGCCAAAAUGGUCAACCGGGCCAGCCCGGUCAACGAGGCCCACCCGGAGAGCCGGGCCAACUCAUUCCCGGCGAAGCGCAACAGCCCGGACCUCCAGGCCAGCCCGGAAGACCAGGCCCUCCAGGGUCACCGGGACGCGCCGGUCCACCCGGCAAAGACGGCGAGCCAGGCCCAACCGGUCCACCCGGCGAGAAGGGACAAAAAGGCCCUCCCGGACCCAGUGGACCAUCGGGUCCGCCAGGCAAGGCGGGUCAACCAGGUGCUCCAGGAACCUGCGAUCAUUGUCCUCCAGCCAGAUUGGCGCCCGGAUAUUAA